CGGAAGUGAUUUCACAUCCGGCCUGGCUGUUGUGUUUGGAAGGGGAGAGGGUGGAGGGAGAAGAACCCGAAUAAAGAGUGGGGGGGCACGAGGCGGCCGUGGCGGAAGAGACCAGCUCGGAGCCCCAGCGCGCACCCUCUGCCGUCCCGCUCCCAACAGCAGAGAAACAUUGGAAUUACUGUACUGAAUUACAUCUGUGAACCGUCCAGUCCAGUGAUCAGCACCAGAUGCUUUGGAGGCUUCAAGUCAAAGGCUCAACCAUGAAAGAUCCAAGUCGCAGCAGUACUAGCCCAAGCAUCAUCAACGAAGAUGUGAUUAUUAAUGGUCACUCUCAUGAAGACGACAAUCCGUUUGCUGAGUAUAUGUGGAUGGAAAAUGAAGAGGAGUUUAACAGGCAGAUUGAAGAGGAGUUAUGGGAAGAAGAAUUUAUUGAGCGUUGUUUCCAGGAAAUGCUGGAAGAGGAGGAAGAACAUGAAUGGUUUAUUCCCGCUCGAGACCUCCCACAAACAAUGGAUCAAAUCCAGGACCAGUUUAAUGACCUCGUUAUCAGUGACAGUUCAUCACUGGAGGAUCUGGUGGUCAAGAGUAAUCUGAAUCCAAACGCAAAGGAGUUUGUUCCUGGGGUGAAGUACUAAAUAUAUGAGUAGACUGGGCCCUCUUUUGGUGGAUGUAGCACAAUUUCCACACUGUGAAGCCAGUAUUAGAAGAUUUAAUUGUAAAAGCUCUCUCUUCUCGUCACUGUGUUACACUUAUGCAUUGCCAAAGUUUUGUUAGUCUUGCAUGCUUAAUAAAAGUGCUGAGACUGUUAUUAAGUAAAAA